AUGAUUUCCGAUGAUGGCCAUGACCAAGCCACUUUGCUAUCUGAGUAUUCACACAGUCGAACACCGACGCCACCGAGCCUCGUAUCAGGCAGCUCGCCUGAGUCUGUCUUAGAGCAGGACGAUUCUUCGUCCCGUGCUGCGACGCAAACACCACCUCCUGUGACACAUAACCAACGCACUGGAUCUUCUGACGAUACAUUCUUGCCGGAGUGGGCUACAUUGUCAGCUCCCUCUGCCCCAUCUGCCCACAUGUCUUCUUUUCAUGACGAGACCUUUCAUGGUCUUAUGCCCGAUCAUGCUAGCUCCCAUUUCACUAGAUGUGAUUCACAUGAGAUGCCCAAGCCAUCUAUGGGCGAUAUGCACGGCUCACUGACCAUGGACUCUGAUUUGCCAGCACAGCCAUGGGUUCAUGACAUGCAGCUUAUGGGUAUGUCCAGCUCCCAUAUGAUGGGCCAAAUGUCUGUGACUUCUGAACCCACCCAAGUGUUCGCUGGUAUGGUGGAACAAGCGCCAUGCGCUCCUUUGACGGCUUUCGAGACGACACAGACGUUGCCGCCUAUGCCAGAUGUAUCGACUUCAGGCCCGCAAGGCAUCGCGCCGAUGAUGAUUGAAAAGUCGGAAUCUGUGCCUCAGAUACAAGCAUCUCUUCCACCUACACAGUCUAUGCCAUCCAAUGAAACAUCGUUGGGCUUGACGUCGUCGCGUGUCAUUCGUCCCAAUCGUCACCAACUCCCCUCAGACAUGAAGAUUAUUGUAAAUGGUGUGCCUGCCAAAGGUGCCAAGUCGCGCGUUGAAACACAGAUUCGUAUGCGUCUUGAGCUUGUGGCGCCAGCUCCCAUGUCCGACUCAGCUGGCUCUGUGCAAUGGGAGCGAAUUGGUUCAUUCACACACAUCAAGGUCCCGCCUCUGAGUGGUACCAAACGCAAGUCAAAGAAGCACCAGAAGUUCAAUGUACCGCUGGACUCUAUGCUCAUUAUGGAGGCGAAUGUGAUCAACGCUACGCCGCCCCAUGAGCGCGUCUAUGUAUGCAACAGCUGUCGUGAGCGCGAACGCAAGCGUGCUCACAGGAAGAAGAGCAAGAACACCACGUCGACGUCGAAGCCGACAGAGGAGGAAAUGCGUGCGUUGAACAUUGACCCAAGCUUGCCCAAUGCUGUCGAAUUGGCUGCUGCUCGCAUGGAAGAAGAGGAGCGAAAGCAUGCUGUUCUCUUCAACUGUGGCGACUAUGUGGACUUCCAAGAUGGUGAAGUGAUCCUCUCCACUCGUAUUACUUGCUAUUGCCGACACCAUCGCGAAAAGGUUGGGUUCCACAUUGUGUUCACUCUGCGCAAUUCUCAGGGCGACUUUAUCGCCACGGGCAGUACUCCUCCCAUCAUGAUUAUGGAUGACCACAAGUCUGUGUCUCAAGGCACGUCAUCCAUGCGCACAACAGAAGGUCGUACGCGUAUGCCGCAGACAGAUGACCAAGUGACAUCGCCGAAGAGCAUUGAUAUGGGUCGCAUUCGUGAUCGUGCGAAGCCAUACAAUGACAUGAACCGCCGACGUCAGCGAUCUAUGCGUGAGACACCACAGCCAGGAUCGAUUGAUCCUUCGCGCAUGUCGUUUAUGGUUGACCAGCAGCCAACGUCGUCGUUCUUCGGCAUAGAUGCAACCCCUUCUCCCAUGGAGAGCUUCCCUCAGACUGUGUCACCAGCAGCUCUAGCUGAACAGGCACCGACCAUGUCUAUGACGAACGACACGUCGUCCAUCAAUAUGGAUCACCUGUUUUCACCAUUGCACUCAUCAGUGGAGGAGAGAGCAGCUAGCGAAGCGGAUGUAUCUGCACGGGAUGAUUCCCAUAUGCCACGGAUCACCAAGCUUGUGCCGGCAGAAGGGCCCACGACUGGUGGUAUCGAGAUCACGAUUCUGGGCGAGAACUUCGUGGAUGGCAUCCAAUGUGUCUUUGGCGAUACGCCAAGCUCUGUCACGCGCAUAUGGGGCAGUACAACGCUAGUGUGUCUCUUGCCGCCCAGUUUCCGGCCUGGUCCAGUGAUUGUCAGUUUGCAGGGACUGCCGCAAACGUCGUUCCCAGCUUCGACGGACAAUCAGCCUCUUCAGCUGUUUACGUACAUUGACACCACUGAUCGUGCGUUGAUGGAGUUGGCCUUGCAAGUGGUCGGCUUACAGAUGACAGGCCACAUGUCGUCAGCGCGGGAUAUUGCUAUGCGCAUUGUGUCUGCGUCGCAGAACCGCGAUACAGGCUCGAAUGGUGUCCCCACAUACGAUGCAUCUUCCAUCACCUCUAUGCGACAGAAUCUUGUGUCCUCUGGACUGCGCCUGUAUGCCCAGACUGGCAAAGGCAAAGGCAAGAUGUCAAGCGUGCAAGACUCUUUGCUUGGCUUUUUGACGCUUCUUGAUGUGGACUUGGAUGGUGAGGAACUCCCCACUGGCAUUCAUCCGCGCUCCGACGCUAUCCAUAUGUGCAACCAGCGUGGUCAGACGCUCUUGCAUAUGGCUGUUAUGCGGAACUUCCACCGCCUAGCGGACGAGGUUUUGCGUCGUGGUUGCCCUGUCAACGCACAUGACGUGAACGGCUAUACGGCUCUCCACUUUGCUGCGAUGCACGGCUGGGUGAAUAUGGCUCGCUUGCUCUUACAACAUGGCGCCGACCCAUGGGAGCUUAACAACGAGGGCUGUACGCCUUUGGAUAUGGCGCGUCGUUCCGAAGCAAUCGAUGUGGAAGAGCUUCUCGAGCAGGUGACUGGAUCAGAGGAGAAUGCCGAUUAUGGUGAUGAGACCUCGGAUGAAGAAGAGGAGGACGAGGAAGAGGACGAGGAAGAAGAUGAAGAGGAGGAUGCAUGGAUCUCGUACGCGGACCUUGCUGAACAAGCUCGUACUGCGUCGGCUUCGUCUACGGCUCAGUCCGACGACAAGGACGAAGUGCCUACUGUAAAACGGUCAUCAUGGACGUUGGGAGGGUUGCUGGCUCAGCGCCGGCAUGCCAGCCAUGAUGUACCAUUCCUGCGUAACCUUCUGGGCUCGGACUCGGAGAAGAGCCAGGAUGCACCAUUGCAUUCCCCUCCGCCGACCUACGAUGAGGCCACCUUCGAUGGUACGGCCUCGAAGCAUUUGGAUGGCGAGAAGCUGCUUAUGGAUUCCGAAUCAGCUCUACGCGCUGCGUCAAUGCUACCUGCCGACGAAAGCAGACAAUACAUGAAGCGUGUAUCCCUGCGCGCCACUCGCUCUCGUCGGGCUGGUCGGGACCGCACAAAGGAUACAGCCACGGAAACAGUUGUGCGCACUCGCCAAGGUGUUUAUGAUGACCAUAUGCUUCUAUGGUUCUGGAUUCCUGCUAUGCUGAGCGUAUUGCUGAUUUCCAUUGCGAUCCAAGGCGGUUUCUUGCUUUCAUCGCAAGUGGAAGGUACCUCGAUCACGCAAGUUUUGUCUUGGUGGUAG